UUUCCAUAGGCCGCUCCCUCCUCGAGUGUUUGCGGUGCCGGGCCAUGUUGCAGGGCUCACGCCGUCUCGCCAGCUGCCUUUGGGGGAUCCGUUCAGUCUCAGCAGGGUAAGAAGGUGGGUGACCGCGGCCCGCAAGUGUACCCUUCAUCUCCUUCCCCCCGACACCACACACCCGGCCCGAUUUCACACCUACAACAAGAUGAAUACUCUUAUGGUCCAGCGAGUCACUAAUGACAUUGUCAAGUCUCAUGAAGAUAAGCGGGAAUAUCGGGGCGUUGAAUUAUCCAACGGAAUAAAAGCAGUCCUGAUAAGCGAUCCCACAACUGACAAAUCUUCAGCGGCUCUCGAUGUUUACGUUGGGUACUUGUCUGAUCCUGACAACAUCCCGGGUCUUGCCCACUUCUGUGAACACAUGCUGUUCUUGGGUACAGAGAAGUACCCCAAAGAAAAUGAGUAUACCCAGUUCCUCAGUGAGCAUGCAGGGAGUGCCAAUGCCUUUACUAGCGGAGAACAUACAAACUACUAUUUUGAUGUGUCUCAUGAGCACCUUGAGGGAGCCUUAGACAGGUUUUCUCAGUUUUUCCAGACUCCUUUGUUUGAUGAGAACUGUAAGGAUCGUGAAGUAAACGCUGUGGAUUCUGAACAUGAGAAGAACGUGAUGAAUGAUGCCUGGAGGCUUGCCCAGCUGGAGAAAGUCACAGGGAACCCCAAACAUCCCUUCAGUAAAUUUGGAACAGGUAAUAAGAUCACUCUUGAAACAAGGCCUACACAGGAUGGCAUGGAUGUCCGUGAAGAACUGCUAAAAUUUCACUCUUCUAAUUACUCAUCAAACCUCAUGUCUAUCUGUGUGCUGGGCAGAGAAACUCUGGAUGAAUUGACCGAUUUGCUGGUAAAGCUGUUUGCAGAAGUAAAGAAUAAAAAUGUUCCUGUCCCAGAGUUUCCUGAAAAUCCCUUCACACAGCAAUACCUCAAGAAAAUGUACAAAAUCGUGCCUAUUAAGGAUAUCAGAAACCUCUACGUUACAUUCCCAAUUCCUGACCUCCAGAAAUAUUACAAAUCCAAUCCUGGUCACUACCUCGGACAUCUCAUUGGCCAUGAAGGGCCUGGAAGUCUUCUUUCUGAAUUGAAAUCUAAAGGAUGGGUUAACACUUUGGUUGGAGGCCAGAAGGAAGGUGCUAAGGGAUUCAUGUUCUUCAUUGUAAAUGUGGAUCUGACUGAAGAGGGCUUGUUACACGUUGAAGACAUUAUUUUGCACAUGUUUCAGUACAUGCAUAUGCUGAGAUCCUCAGGACCCCAAGAAUGGGUAUUUCAGGAAUGCAAGGACUUAAAUGCAGUUGCCUUUCGGUUUAAAGACAAGGAGCCUCCACGUGGGUACACAUCAAAGCUUGCUGGAUUGUUGCAUUAUUACCCCAUAGAAGAGGUUCUGGCAGCGGAGUAUCUACUGGAAGAAUUUCGGCCAGAUUUAAUACAAAUGGUGCUUGAUAAGCUUACGCCAGACAAUGUCAGGGUGGCAGUUGUAUCCAAGUCUUAUGCCAGCCAGACUGACAAGACAGAAGAGUGGUACGGUACACAGUACAAAGAUGAGGACAUCCCUGCAGACGUUAUUGAUAAAUGGCAAAAAGCAGAAAUAAAUGGAAAAUUGCACCUCCCCAUGAAAAAUGAAUUUAUUCCCACAAAUUUUGAGAUCUUCCCUAUGGAGAAGGAUGCCACCCCAUUUCCUGCCCUCAUCAAGGACACUGCAAUGAGCAAAUUAUGGUUCAAGCAGGACGAUAAAUACUUCCUCCCUAAAGCCUGUCUCAACUUUGAAUUUUUCAGCCCAUUUGCUUAUGUGGAUCCUUUGCAUUGUAACAUGGCCUAUUUGUACAUUGAACUGCUUAAAGAUUCUCUCAACGAGUAUGCAUAUGCAGCAGAGCUAGCCGGCCUGAACUAUGACCUCCAAAAUACCGUCUAUGGGAUGUAUCUCUCUGUAAAAGGUUAUAAUGACAAACAGCACAUCUUGCUAAAGAAGAUCAUUGAAAAAAUGGCCACUUUUGAAAUAGAUGAAAGGCGAUUUGAGAUUAUAAAGGAAGCGUACAUGCGGUCUCUAAACAAUUUCCGGGCAGAGCAACCUCAUCAGCAUGCCAUGUAUUACCUGAGAGUACUGAUGACUGAAGUGGCCUGGACCAAAGAUGAGCUUAGAGAUGCUCUAGAGGAUGUUACACUUCCCCGCCUGAAGGCUUUCAUUCCUCAACUUCUUUCCCGGCUACAUGUAGAAGCUCUUCUCCAUGGAAAUAUCCAGAAAAAGGCUGCGCAAUCCAUUAUGCAAAUGGUGGAGGACACACUGAUUGAGCAUGCUCACACAAAGCCUCUUCUCCCAAGCCAGCUGGUCAGAUACAGAGAAGUACAGCUCCCUGAUAAGGGAUGGUUCGUAUAUCAACAGCGUAAUGAAGUGCACAACAAUUGCGGUAUUGAGAUAUAUUACCAGACCAACAUGCAGAGCACAUCGGAGAAUAUGUUUCUUGAGCUGUUCUGUCAGAUUAUUUCAGAGCCCUUCUUCAACACGCUGCGCACCAAGGAGCAACUAGGUUACAUUGUGUUCAGUGGCCCUCGAAGAGCAAAUGGUAUCCAAGGUCUGAGGUUUAUUAUACAGUCAGAGAAGCCACCUCAUUACCUAGAAAGCCGGGUGGAGGCCUUCCUGAAGACAAUGGAGAAAUCUCUGGAGGAGAUGUCCGAUGAGGCUUUCCAGAAACAUGUCCAGGCUCUGGCUCUGCGACGCUUGGACAAGCCAAAGAAACUGUCAGCUGAGUGCGCAAAGUACUGGGGGGAAAUCAUCUCUCAGCAGUAUCACUUUGACAGAGACAAUGUUGAAGUGGCAUAUCUGAAAACCCUGACCAAGGAUGACAUCAUAAACUUUUACAAGGGCUUGCUAUCACUGGAAGCUCCAAGAAGACAUAAAGUCUCUGUACAUGUGCUCGCCAGAGAGAUGGAUUCAUGCCCUGUUGUUGGGGAGUUUCCAAGUCAAAACGAUGUCAACCUUGCACCUGCACCAGCCCUCCCUCAGCCCGAAGUCAUCAGCAACAUGCCAGAAUUCAAGCGGGGUCUACCUCUGUUCCCUCUCGUUAAGCCUCACGUCAACUUCAUGGCUGCAAAAUUAUGAUCCUUGUAAGAUCAGCAAAAUUCAGAAACGUACUGACGCAUCUGUUUCCCAGUGGGGUUAGAAAUGAGUGAAAAUUGUGAUGAAUAUAUUAGGAUUUUGCAAACAGAUCUUCAAUAGAAACAAAUACAAACAGUAGUCAAAACCUCUUAACUUAAUUUUUCAUUGUGGCAUGUAAAACAGGCGGAAUCUGAAUUGCAUCUGUCCUAUUAAGAAACUUAGUGAUUUUUUUUCAAAUGUGUGCAUAUGUAAACUAUUGACUUUCAGUGGCUAGGAGGAGUCUUCUCAUUAAGGCUUGCCAGGAGUAACUUUAUCUGGUGUCCCUGUGAUGAAGGUACAGUGUAGAUAUAGGCUUAUUUUUCUUAUGCAGAUGUAGCAAUUUCAUUGGAUUAUGCUUUAAAGGCUAAGUCCCGCCUUCUCUGCUUUUCAUGGGCAGUCUAGUGUAGGCUUGGCAUCCUCAAAAGGACUGGCUGGAGAAGGGUUCAAAUGGGAACUUGGCAGAAAUGUAGCCACUGAAGUCAACAAGAGCAGUAAGAAGCCCAAAGGGUUAAUGAUCUUGCCAACAGUCUUCAAAAUCUGAGUUGGCAGUUUUGGGUGGACAUAACCUUUAAAUUGCAGAGUUACAUUUUUGUACUUUGGUCUGUUUUUUUUUCUUUACACAGUAAGGACACGAUGGGGUUAAAAAAAAGAAUGGCCACCUGCAGACAUUUGUAUUGCUUUACAUUAUGCUGUGGGAGCCUUCACUGUCUGUGGGUGGAUGGUUUAGCAUCAAUACAUAAAUGACAAUAUUAUAAAAGUCAUGUAGACUUAAGGUGCUUCUGACUCAUCCAAACAUAGGCUGGGUUGUACAAGAUAUAUCAUAGCUGGGAUAAUAAAACUGCCACCUUUUUUAUUUUUCACUUGUCUGUUCCUGUUGUAUGACCUGUUGAGUCCAUUUUGAAAACUGGAACAUCCCAUGUGCCUUGUGCAAAACAGGGUAGUGACCCAAAACAUCUGCUAGUAGGGCACCAUUGUUUAAACUAUAUGUCAACAGUGUUCCUUUAUAAUCUGAUUUGUUGCAGGGUUAGCUUUGCUAAAGCUUUCAGACAUCAGCCUAUGACCCUUCUGCUUGUUCAGAAGCCACAAAUCAGUGUAAGCAUGCUGGGCCUUGUGGUACUUUAACAGCAGUUGUGCUACAACCUGACCUAGCUGGAUCUUGGUAUAAACUGCAAUAGGACAUUGUGAAAACUGUUCCAUACAUUCUCAUCACCCAUUACAAAACCUCAUUGUGUAAGAUAAAAUUCAGAAAAUGUACAGAAAUUGAUAAAAGUACCCACCAGGUGUCAA